AUGUCGGGUAGUUUGGAAUCCACCAGUGCUGCUAAGAAGAUGCCCCCGAGGGCAACUGGGAGGUUGGUAGCAGACCUGUGCUCUAAGGAGGCUCAGUUGAGUGAAGACCAGAAAAAGAAACUUCACGCUAAGCAGGUAUCCAUGUUUUUGUCAAACGAGCAGUACAUGCAAGCUCAUCCAGAAUUACGACAGUUGAUCAGCACAUUCAUCCGUCGCGCCUUAGAGGAUCGUCCUGAAAACGUUGUCGUUUAUGCUGCGGAAUUCUUCACGAGGUGA